AUGAGCACAAGGAAGAGCUGCCCCCUGCCACUGGGGCAAGAAGACCAUGAGGAAAAGCAGAAUGAGGGUAGUCCUGACCUGGAGCGACCCGAGUGUGAGGUGGAGCUGAGGAACAAAGCUAUUCUGCAACAGAAGAGGCGCCUUAAACAGGCCACCCAGUUUGUGCACAAGGACUCUGCUGACCUGCUGCCCCUGGACGGCUUGACAAGGCUUGGCACCUCCAAGGACCUGCAGCCACAUAGUGUGGUCCAGCGGCGCCUCUUGGAAGGCAAUCUGAACAAGCUGCGGGGCGAGACCAGGGUUCAGUCUGCAUGGGUUCAAUCUCCACUGGCAAAAGACCAGGAUGAAAAGAUGGAAAAGGGAGAGGACAGGAGAAAAGAGACUUCAUCCCUGCUAAUACAGUGCCAGUGCCAAGGUCAGGUAUUGAAAGCGACUGUUAACACUGGGUGUCUACCAAAUCUCAUCUCCAAGAGCUGUUUAAACCAGCUGGGGCUGGAAGAAAUGUCUGCCAUGGACUGUGGAGACCUCUCUCUUCCCAUCUCCAGCGUUGUUGGCCGAGUAGAACAUAUGGAGUUGCAAUUUGGGCACAAGACAGUGCUGUGUUCAGCACUGGUCGUAGAUGAUGAAAUGCUGGAGUUUUGCAUUGGUCUCCAGACCCUGUUGUCUCUCAAGUGUUGCAUCGACCUGGAGGAAGGAGUCCUGAGAUUUAAAGCACUGAGUCAAGAGCUGCCUUUUCUACAUGCCUCUGAAGAGCCUGGUCAGUGA